UUUUCCACUUUCUCUUAUCUAUAUUUCUCUAUUUGCAUUUUGCAGAGAUCUCAUAUCACACAUACAGAGCCAAAAGAGAGAAGGAGAGAGAGAGAGAGAGAGAGAGAGAAGGUAUUGAGUUUUGGCAGCAAGCAGUGAUGGCUUUUCAUUUGCAGUGAGGAGGGGCCGUUUCGAAAGACAAAAGAGAGAAGGCGAAGAAACGACAGAGGAAACAAACAGAAGAAAAAUAGAAACAUGGGAAAUAAUGGCACGAUGAGAAAGAUCAAAUAGCCUCUUCUGGUCUCUCUUCAUAUAAUCCCCCAAUCCACACGCUUUUUGCCCCCCUCAUUUUUCCCUUUUCCAUGUUCUUCUUCCCAUUUCAUCUCCCUCUACCACUACAUCUACAACCACCAAUUAGACUUCUUCAACACAUCUAAUCUAAAUAUUCUAAAGACAAAACAAGAGAGAGAUUCCCAAAGAUUGUGAGAGACAAUGGUGACUGGUUGGAGAAGGGCCUUUUGCACUUCCAUUCCCAAAGACAGACAGCCGAAAAUCUCUACACACAAACAUCCUCAACAACAACAAGACCAACAAGAAAAUUACGACGGCAUCACCACCAAUAGGAGCCCCAAAAUCAGCUCAAAAUUUGGUUUCUUCUCAAACCCAUCAACCCCACGUUUACAGUCUCAGCCCGUGUCCAGCCUCCGCUGCCGUACAAACACCACCACAACAACAACAACACCAACUUCCUCAGUUCCCAAUAGCCCGAAACUCCAAUGCAAAAUCUCUUCAAACCCCAAAAAGAACAACACAAAUAGCCCCAGAUUAUUCAACCUCUCCAAUCCUUCAUCUCCCAAAUCUCCCUCCAGCUUCUCCUUCCUCAAAUCCACCUUACGUCUAUCCAAAACUAGGUGUGGAAUCUGCUUACAGAGCGUGAAAGCAGGGCAAGGAACGGCGAUUUUCACGGCUGAAUGUUCGCAUUCCUUUCACUUCCCUUGCGUUGCAGCUCAUGUCAAGAAGAAUCAAAUCCUUGUUUGUCCGGUUUGCAGCACCGGAUGGAAAGAACUUCCUCUGUUAUCGAUCCACCAUAGCCACACCACCACCAAAACCGAAGCUUCGAAGCUCAAAGACGUGAAGACUAACAAGUGUUUGAGAGUUUACGACGAUGACGAGCCGUUGAUGUCUCCGACUUCCGGCGCAAGAUUCAAUCCGAUACCUGAAACAGACGAGAGCGAAGUCGGAGACGACGAAAACAGCGCCGUCGCCGAGUUCCAAGGCUUCUUUGUUAACGCGCCAAGUACUCCUCGAUUGAAGAACGUUGAUGUUAGUCUUCUGCCGGAGGCGGCAAUUGUGGCUGUAGGUCGGAGCUACGAGACCUAUGCUGUGGUCUUGAAAGUCAAGGCUCCGGCGAUAGGCGGAACGACGUCGUCACUGCUUAACUCAGCGCGGCGAGCUCCGAUCGAUCUGGUGACGGUUGUGGACGUCGGAGCGGCCAUGAGCGGUGCAAAGAUUCAAAUGCUGAAGCGCGCCAUGAGGCUAGUGAUCUCCUCGCUCGCCUCGUCGGACCGUUUGUCGAUCGUCGCCUUCUCCUCCGCCUCCAAGAGGCUUUUGCCGCUCCGGAGGAUGACAUCCACGGGGAAGCGAUCCGCUCGGCGGAUCGUCGACGCGCUCGGUGCGGUCGCUGGCCAGGGAAUGUCCGUCGGAGAUGCGAUUAAGAAAGCCGCGAAGGUUCUGGAAGAUCGCCGAGAGAAGAAUCCCGUGGCCACCAUAAUUCUCCUUUCGGAGUCCGCCGUUAACGCCAACAACCAGAAGCGAUCCUCCUCACCGACCGUGUCCUCCACGCGCUUCUCUCACCUUGACAUUCCCGUCCACGCCGUCGGCAUUGGCGAACCGUCGUCCGACGACUCGCUCGCCAAGUGCGUCGGUGGCUUGCUGAGCGUCGUUGUUCAGGAUCUCCGUCUCCAGCUAGGUUUCUCCUCCGGCUCAUCGCCGGCGGAGAUCGCCGCCGCUUACUCUCUUACGAGCCGGCCGGCGGCGCUGGGGUACGGUUCGGUCCGGUUGGGCGAUCUCUACGCGGAGGAGGAGAGAGAAUUGCUGUUGGAGCUCAAAGUCCCCUCGUCUUCCGCUGGACCCCACCACGUUCUUACCGUACGGUCGUCGCACCGAGACCCGCCUUCGAUGGAGCUCGUCUACUCAAGAGAGCAAGCCCUCCUCGUUCCCCGCCCCAAGGCCGUCCGAUCUUCCACUCCAAACAUCGAACGGCUCAGGAACCUCCACGUCGCUACGCGAGCCGUCGCUGAGUCUCGCCGGCUCGCCGAGCACGGCGACCUCUCUGGCGCGCACCACCUGCUCUCCUCUGCUCGCGGUUUGCUCCUCCAAUCCAGCUCGGCUUCAGCCGACGAGUACUUGCGCGGCUUGGAAGCCGAGAUCUCUGAGCUGAACCGGCUCAGGCAUCACCAGCUGCAGAAUCAAAGGCAGAAAACGACCAAUCGGACGGACGAGAAGCCCGAGCCGCUCACGCCGACUUCGGCUUGGCGAGCCGCCGAGAGAUUGGCUAAAGUGGCUAUCAUGAGGAAGUCGAUGAACAGAGUUAGCGACUUGCACGGCUUUGAGAACGCCAGAUUUUAGAUUUUUGUUAUUUUUUAUUUUCUUCAAAUAUUUUGUAAUACUCCCCAAAAUAUAU